AUGACGAUCGUGAAAGGAAGCUCAUCCAAAAAAAUUAGGUCAAAGUCUUUUUUUUUUCUUUUCUCUCUCUCUCUCUCUCUCUCUCUCUCUCUCUCUCUAUCUAUCUAUCUAUCUAUCUAUCUAUCUAUCUCUAUCUCUCUCUUUGUUUAUCUCUCUUUACACCUCUCUAUAUAUAUUACAUAUACUUUCUCUCACUCAAAUCAUUUCCCUCUUUCUCACUUUUUUUCCUUUUGUUAUUUUUACAUUUUAAAUAAUAUCACCCUUUCUUCAUUUAACGCAUCUAUCUUUUUCUUCUUUUUGAAACCUUUCUUUUUCUUCUUUUUCUAUCUUUCAUAUUCUUCUUUUUCUAUCUUUAUCUAUCUUUUUCUUCUUUUAGAAAAAGAAGAAAACGAAAGAUUUGAAAAUGAAAAAAUUCUUUCUCAAAUCUUUCUUUUCCUUCUUUUUUUCUUUUUCUAUCUUUUUCAAAUCUUUCUUUUCCUUCUUUUUUCUUUUUCUAUCUUUCUUUUUCUUUUUCAAAUCUUUAUUUUUCUUCUUUUGAAACCUUUAUUUUUCUAUCUUUUUCUUUUCAGAUCUUUCUUUUCCUAUCUUUUUCUUCUUUUUCAAAUCUUUCUUUUUCUUCUUUUUCUAUCUUUUUUUCCAUCUUCUUCAAAUCUCUUUUUACUCACCAUUAAAUGA